AUGCGUUACCUUCAACAAAUAGUCAUCGUUGCCGUACUUAUGCAAUUACUGGUAUCAACUUGGGCGCGAACUCGAUUCGUACGUGAACCAUCAUUAGUAGCAUCUUCCCUGUGGAACGAAAUUGAAGAAAUCGAUAACAACGAAAGCGGCAGUGAUCAUGGUGUAGUUGAUAGAUCCACUUUUUGGCCCUCGAAAGCGAAAAAAGCAUAUCAUUACGGUAUGGAAGAAAGACGGAAGAAAUAUCUCGGCGAGCCCGUCAAUUUCCAAGGUGGACACAGUCUUCAAGGUCUUUGGGCAAUGCCUGGACGACAUAAAACUAUCAGUAUGAAGCGGACAACAAUGUCUUCGCCAGUCAUAGAUCGUUUUGAUCUAUUCACGAUCGUGUUUAAUAUCAUUAUUUCGAUUAUUGGUGGUAUCGUGGUUAACCGAUUAAUACCAAUGUUGAAGGAGAAAUUCAUCAAAGCACAAUUAUGGGGUUAUGAUUUGAAUAAACGAAAUUCCAAAGAGAUCAAAGUGGCUGAAUCUCAAGGUGUGAUUGUAGCCGGUAUCUUUCUCGUAUUGAUGUUUAUCAUGAUUGCUAUCGUUUUCUCUGAACAUCUACAUCCUGAAAGUGAUUUUCCAAACCAUAAAUUCGUGGAAUAUUUAGCUGCCCUACUCUCCAUUUGCUGCAUGGUUUUACUCGGUUUUGCUGACGACGUCAUUGACAUACGUUGGAAUGUGAAAUUAUGGUUACCAAUGAUUGCUUCUCUGCCGCUUCUACUCGUUUAUUUUGCUAACUAUCACUCAACAACGAUUAUUUUGCCCAAACCAGUAAGACCAUAUUUCGGUCAACAAUGGAAUCUUGGUAUUCUAUAUUAUGUUUACAUGAGCAUGGUUGCAAUAUUUUGCACGCAUGCAAUCAACAUCCUAGCCGGUGUGAAUGGACUCGAAGUUGGCCAAUCUGUUAUCAUAGCGGGUUCAGUAUUGAUUUUUAACCUGAUUGAAUUACAAGGUAUAUGUGCCGAAGAGCAUCUCUUUUCGUUGUACUUCAUGAUUCCGUUAAUUGCUUGUUCAAUACCACUUCUCAUUCGAAAUUGGUGUCCAGCCGAAGUGUUUGUGGGUGAUACAUACUGUUAUUUCGCUGGAAUGACAUUCGCUGUCAUCGGAAUUCUUGGUCAUUUUAGCAAGACUAUGUUACUCUUUUUCAUCCCACAAAUUAUCAACUUUCUUCUGUCCGUACCGCAACUAUUCAAAUUCAUUCCAUGUCCUCGGCACCGAUUACCAAAAUUAGAUCCUGCGUUAAACAAACUGAAUCCAUCUGAUGUCGAGUUCAAAAAGAAAGACUUGAAACCACUUGGCUGGUUGAUGCUACGAUUCUUUUCUUUAACCAAGUUCAUUCGGUAUCGUGAAUAUCAGAAUAAUGAUAAUGAAACCAUGAUCAACACCACGAACUUUACCAUUAUUAACUCGGUUCUUUGUUGGUUCGGACCAUUGCAUGAAGAGAAACUCAGUCGAAUCUUAAUGCUAAUACAGCUUGUUUUCGGCAGUUUGCUAACAUUCUUUGUUCGUUACUAUUUGGUGAGAUUUUUUUAUGAUUCCUAA